AUGGCUUCCAACCAUUCCACGGGCGGACAGUCCGGUGCUGCUUCCAAGAAGCGCGGCGCACCGGCUCACAAUGCCCGCAGCGAUGCGUUUAUGCAGAAGCGCGCCAAGGUGCAUGCUGCGCGAAGCAUCCCGACGCAAGCUGCUGAUGCCGCGCUCAAGGAUGGCGAGCUGGAUCUGGUUGCCUUUGUGGCGGCUCAUGAGUUUGAGAUUCGCGCUCUGGAGCAGAGCAUGGCCACGACCAAGGCCGUCAAGAGCAGCAGAGCCUUCCAGCAGGUCCCUCGCGGGCUGAGACGACGGACGGCGAGCCACAACCCCAAGCGGGUGCCUCGAAGGCUUCGCGCCAGGGCCAGGAAGGAAAUGGACGAAGACAACACUCCCCUGGUCGAAUCUCGAAAACGAAAGCCGAGGACGACGAGAGCGAGGAUACGAGCCCAGACAGCCAAGCGACUUCGCAUACUCUCAGCGCGAAAGAAGAAGAGGAAGCUGGAGAGGAACCAGCAGGCCUCCAACGACGCGAAGCGGGACGACCCGAAAGCGUCAGGGACCACCAACGUCGACGUCGUGGGAAGGGCUCCCAGGCCCAAGAUACGGAGGAACGCGCUCAACGAACCUCCUAGACCAGCCGCAAAGUUCAGGAAGAGGCAGAUCAACAAGACCUGGCUGCCGACACAUCAAUGGCACGCAAAGAGGGCUCGCAUGACGGAGCCCACGGAACCCCUGUGGCGCUUUGCCAUCCCGUUGACACCCAAUGAAAAGAUAUACCGACCGACACACAGGGCACAAGGAGAACGCGGCACCAUGGUUUGGGACAUGACCUACAUGAGCACCAUUGGUCUCUAUGGGAACUUUGCCGGCAUGGCGAGAGUCCUCCGGAGGGUCGGAGUGACGAACGAUUCUUGCUGGGACGACAGAGGAUUGAAGUGGAGGCAGGGCACAAGAGCGUGGACUGGAAUUUUGAGUCGGGAGAGAGCUGGGGUUCAUCGGCCAAUAUGCCAAUCGAUUGUUAUCUGGGAUCCUGAACCACCGUCACAGCAUACCGAAGAAGAUGGCGCAGAAGGAGAAGGAGAGCAGCGAAGCAAAAUCGAUAAGAAGACGCAAAGACGUGUCUUUCUCAGAGUCCACCCUUCGGCUUUCCUAGAGCUGUUCAAUGAGCUGCUGCGGCUGAUAAAGAUGGAAAAGCCCCGGCUGUACAUUGAAGAUCUGAGAUUCGAGAUCGGAAGCAUAGAGCUCACCGGCCCUGCGUCUACUGAGACUCUGCUGUCAGUCUUGACGCCGUAUCCUUCAGGGGGCUCAGGUCCGAAGAACAAGCACGCCGAGCUAUUCGAGUCUCUGAAAGGGCUGAUGAACCCGGCUGCUCUGCCGAGCAAUUCAGUGCUACACUUUGCAGUCCAGGACCCUCGGCUGCGGUAUCCGCCACGGAAGAUGGAGUUUCCCGAGAAUGAGCAGGCUCAGAUGGAUUUGCUGGCCACAAUCGCCAGCUGGCCCGCAGAGAAAGACCUGCAGCCGUCGCUUUUGUUUGACCGACAUGCCCGGCAUAGGGCUUCCUGCUUGCCAUCACAAAAGUCCAUCAACAGGAGAAGAAGUAAAGCCACGUCCGGAGCACUUCUGAAGCCGACCAUACAUGAUCCUCCCAUUCCCGUUACGCUCAUCGCGUCUCGUUCCGCACCAGGCACGCAGGCGCAAGGGACAUGGACUCUCCUCGCCCCUUGGAAAUGCAUCCUCCCUCUGUGGUACAGCAUCGUGCACUGCCCGCUUGUCUCAGGCGGCAACCCACGGUUCGCCGGGCUGAACGAGACGAUGCAAGUGGCUUUUGAGCGCAGUCUUCCAUGGUUCCCCGCCGACUUCCUGGGCACUGAUGCUGGAGCGGGAUGGGAACUUGAGCGGAGGCAGAGGCGAAAGAGGGAUUGGGCACGGCGCCCAAAAAGCAAGAGGGUCGAGUGGGCGUCUCUUGCGCUAGGCGCAGGCCGACAGGGUGAGAUUGGGGACGGACACGCUUGUGACUUUGAAUUUCUCUUUGGCCUUGCACAGCAGCAGCAGCAGCAGCAGCAGCAGCAGAGUGCACCGCCCGACGAUUCAGGAGAUGCGAUGGAUGUUGAUGAUGAAAACCCGGCGCCGACCAAGAAGAAGGGGAAUAACGUCGAAAUACCUUACCUCAAGCUUCUGAACAGCAUCCCCAAAUCGGUCUUCAACAGCCUACUAUCGCCAUCUCCGACUCUUCAGCCACUCCUUCCAUACGCUAUUGCGUGUGUCCGGAUAUCGCUCCUCUCGCGAGGCGUUGCCAAUCCAUGCGCGAGAAUCUACCGUCUGCCUUCAGAAGCUAUUCCGAUACCACCAUCUUCUGAUGCCGAAGUCCCCGCAAGCAUGCCUCCAGGAGCGUCGUCUCUCCCGUCCGAUCUUCGGGCGCAGUGGCUUUCGCGCAUCCCCUCGUUUUCAUCCUCUUCAACAGUGUCCAAGUCUAGGUCAUCUUCAUCUUUCCAGACUCAGUCGAAGAAGACGGCGUCACGAUUAGACGACAUAGAGACGCGCAAACGCAUUCUAGCACAGGAGCUCCUCAGUGCUCCUAUAAGUCUGGAAAGCGGUUUGGGGCCCAACGAAACAGACAUUGGCGGACACCAUCCGCUGGUGCCUGAUGCGAAGGACCUCAUCGGCUUUGUCACCACGGGAUCGUUUUGUCUGGCGAACGGUCGAGGGGCGGCGAUUGGCAGCAUCGCCGUGGAGAAGGUGUUGGCCGAUGUCCGCGCGAACCCCAAGGAGGGAAGGCUGUGCAUUGUGAGGAACGCCGGCGAGAAUGUUGGCUGGAUCGCGAGGUGGGAGGUGGUUUGA